UGCCCUUUUUGCAUCCAAGAAUCGAAGAUAACGUAUCGCGCCCACAGAAAUAAUUUACAGUUCUGCGAUCGCGCCACCGCCAAUUGUGUCGAUCAGGACAGCAGAAAAACUGCAGGCUUUCUCAUUUCUAGAUCCAAAUUCUGACUACUGUGAGAUCUUUGACUAACAUUGAUCACCAUGGGUCUGUUCAGCAAAAGAGGCAGCCUAAAUCUCUCCAAGGCUGAAGCCUCCAACCAGGUUCAUGACCAGAUUGACCCCAAAUUUGAGAAACCGGACAACCAGUUGGACACCUGGACAUACUCCGUUGAAGAUGACACCGUGGAGACGGAACUCUCCUUCGGAAACAGCCAUCGUGUCGUCCAAGACGGUGACGAGGAUCCACCGGGUUGGUCUGGGGUAACAGCCUCCAUGGAUGAUGCUGGGAGCAUGAACUUUAUCCCUGGCAUAGCGACAGAUCCCAAGGGAGGAGUUACAGACUUUGGUGAUAGCAGCAAGGGGUGUUGCGCUAAAUGCCGAUACUCCUGCAAGGUCGCCUUUCGACCCUGCACCACCAAGCACAACCCUCUCCCGCACAAUCCAUCAAGGUGGAAACGAUUCAAAUUUGCUUUUCUCUGCCCUCCUCACGGUAUCGUUGGCAGGACUUUGACUUGUCUCAUACUUGUGUUACUGUUGUGGGCAGUUCUGUUCACUAUAACAGGGGCUGAAGCGUUACCGGGCGGUAAUUUGUUUGGACUGUAUGUACUUAUUAUCAGCAGUAUUGUACUUGGGUUGUUGGUCAACAAAAUUCUGCGGCUUCCAGCCCUACUAGGUAUGCUAGCUGCUGGAUUCAUCCUAAAGAACGUGAAGGCGAUCGACAUAGCCAACGACAUCUCCCGAGAGUGGGCCAGUGCUCUUCGCAGCAUCGCCCUGGUAGUCAUCCUGCUCCGCGCUGGGCUGGGCAUCGAUGCCAAGGCUCUUCGUCGGCUGAGUCUCGUGUGUCUCAGACUGUCCUUUGUACCCUCCAUCCUGGAGGCAGUCAUCAUAGCUGUUGCAUCUCACUUCCUCAUAGACUUCCCCUGGGAGUGGGCUUUCAUGCUUGGAUUUGUCUUGGCAGCGGUUUCACCUGCAGUGGUGGUUCCUUGUCUCCUGGUCCUGCAGAAGGGUGGCUAUGGAGCCAAGAAGGGCAUCCCAACCCUCGCCAUAGCAUCCUGUAGUCUGGAUAAUGUCCUCUGCAUCAGUGCUUUCGGGGUCGCCAUGGGAAUAUCUUUCUCAUCAGGGAGUCUUGUCCUGAAGAUCCUCCAGGGUCCCUUAGAGGUUUUGAUUGGAGUUUGUUUUGGAGUGGUUGCUGGUGCUCUACUUUGGUUUAUUCCAAGCAAGGACUUGAAAACUUUGACUCAACUGAGGUUUUUGUUCCUGUUCUGCGGUGGUCUGUUUGCAGUCUUUGGUAGUACCGCGGCUUCCUAUCCUGGGGCCGGAGCUCUGGGGUGUCUUACGCUAGCUUUCAUGGCUGCUCUGGGAUGGAAGGAUGAGAAGGUUGCUGUAGGGAAGCUGAUUGGUGUCGUCUGGUGGCUGUUUGAACCAAUCUUAUUUGGUCUUAUCGGUGCUGAGGUAGCUUUGGAGUACCUAGAUGGAGAAACAGUGGGUCUUGGGAUCGCUACCCUGGUGCUCGGGUUGGUGAUCCGUAUUGCAGCAACCUGGCUGUCUGUUCUGGGAGCAAAGUUCACCAACAGAGAGAAGCUCUUCAUGGUCUUUGCUUGGUUUCCAAAGGCUACUGUCCAGGCUGCUCUGGGACCCUUGGCUCUAGAUGAAAUCAUCAAACAAGGCAUUGUGACUGAAGCAGAUGAAGCAAAUGAAAUCAGAGGCAUUCAGCUCCUGACCAUUGCUGUCCUAAGCAUCCUGAUCACAGCUCCUAUUGGAGCCAUCCUCGUCACGCUGUGUGGACCAAAACUCCUGGAGAAAGAGACUAGGCCCCUCACGGUCAGCCAGCAGGCUGGAGAGCUAGGGGCGGGGCCAGGGGAUGAAAGGGAGGAGCUUGUUGCCAGGCAGAGGUUAUCAACGGAGUACUGAACUUGGUGACGUUAGAGUAGGAGGAGCCAGGUAAUUGAUCGUUGCAUGCAUCCACCUGUAAUCUGUUCAUUUGUAUGUUACAGACAUUCAGCAAGGCAUUUUAUCUUCAUUGCUUCUCUCCACCCAGGUGUAAAGUGGAUGCCUGGAUGGGAAGAGGAGCCAUAUAAUUGAUUGUUACAUGCCUUCCACCUGUUAUCAUUCAUUUCAUUCAUCUGUUAAAAUUCUUAAGUAAGGCAUUCUAUCUUCAUUGCUUCUACCGGUACUCUCUACCCAGGUUAUAAAUGGGCUUCAGAUGUCAUAUAAGAUAUAAGUAAACGAAAACUGUGAUAGUUAUAAACACUGACUCUGGAGUCUGCAGAUGUCUGGUCAGCUCAGACUUGAGUCAAAUUGAACAUGGUCAAACUCAAACUUUUUUUAAUUUUAUUUUUAGGCCUAGACUACUGUCUAUAUUUUUUAUUGUUUCUAAAGUCUUAUAAGUUCUAGUCUAUACCGUAGUAUGUGUAGAGUUAAGUGUAGGUAGUCUAGUAUAGACUUACAGGCGUAGUCUAGGCGCUUGUUCAGAAACCUAUCAAAAAUUUGACCCGUAACUCCAGCGUGGAGAUACCCUACUAAAACAUACCCAAAAUGAGUACCUGGUUGAAGCGAAAGUCAUUGUGGUUUGUUUUCAGAAUUGGGAGUGUCUGUAAAAUGGUACAUGGCUGGAAUGCUCCCUAGGGAGUGGAGAAUGUGCUUAUAGUGUGUGUAGACAAUUCAGGGAAGUUUGAUGGCUGGCAUGACAAUAUCAUCUGCUUUAUGCCAGAAGGGCGUUAACUCUGUGUAAAAUUAUACGAUUAACACCCUACUGGUUCCAAAGAGAAGAUAUAUCUGAAAAGUGCUUAGAGAUGUCUUAAAUGCGGAAAGCACCAUUCAUACCCAGACUAUCAUAUUUAAAGUUUACAGAGAAAGUCAUACCAUUUGCUAAUCACCCUCGAUGGCAAGAUCAUCAGUUCUGUGAUUUGCUUGUAAAACAGACAGGCCUUACAUAAAUGUAUUGCACACAAAUUAUGCUCUGUGAGAGUUGCUCCUGGUUUCUAUUUUGUCAGAGAUAGAGGGUUAGGAUAAAGAUUGCAUUUAGGUUUUAAGUCAGGUUAAGGGUAAGGUUUAGGGUUAGGUUUUAGGUUACAUAUAGUGUUUGGUGAUGAGGUAUAGUUUAGAAUCCAGUUGUAAGAAAUUGACCUCGGAGCAAUUGCCACCUGAGCAUAAAAUGUCCACCCAGUGAUUUUAAAAGAUCUGCCCCCUGGAGGGUAGUUUCUCAAAGUCCAUUCUCCUCCCAAACCAAAGUGAUUUCACUCCCUGAUCUCUGAUAAACCGUGCUCUGAGCAAAAUCCUGACAGGAUGAUAACCAGCAGAUUUUUUGCUGCAUGCAAGAUUUGUAUACAGACAUACUUGGAAGUCUUGUGUGAUGAACUGUGACUCAUUGCUGAAAGAAACUCACAAAAAACUGCCCUUAAAAAUAAUCUUUUCUCUGUUACAUCAUUCUUCAUGUUUACACUGUACUUCUCAAUUGGAUUUGUGUUUUAUGUAAAUACAUUCAUCAUUCAUCUACAUACUUGUUUGUAAUCUUUAUUUUGAAACUGAAAAAUACAGGGUUUUAUAAAUUUAUUGUUUGUGUACAUUUUGUUCAUUGAAUUUCAUUAUUCUUGUUGAAAUAUUUUUGUUAUAUACUUGUUCAUGAUCUUUUCUUGAAUCUUCUAAUCAGAAUUUUGUUUGUUUAAUCAUUGUUCAUUUGCAUUCAUACAUUGUAUUAAUUUUCAUUUUUCUGUUGAGUGUUGUUAUUAUACACAGACAUGUACUGAUGUAUUUGUUGCCAUUUAUGGCAUCUCCAUUGUAUAUUUAUAUCUAUUUUGUGAAGUAAUUUUUAUGAUCUAUUUUGUUGGCCGAGUUUUCGAUUUUUCUGCUUUCAUUCAAGUGAACUUAUUAUAAGGGCCGGAAUGCCCUUAAAGUAGAUUGCUAAGAUGGUAUGGUAGAUACAGUAAGACCUCACAUAACAUACAAAAUGGGAAGGAAAAAAAAAUUAAAGUAUCUUUCAAUAUCCAUUUUAAAAAUGAUUGUUUGCUUGAUUUCUUUGUGAACGAUAGUAUUCACUGUUAUGAAAAACAAAAUAGCUUUAUCUCAAUCCUAAAAUGUCUUGAAGAUACCUAACCUAAACUAGAAGAAUUUUUGCAGACUAAAUUUUUAAAAAAUCAAACAAACUAACUAACGAGCGAACAUAAACAGUUAUUAUCGAGAACAAUUCCCAUGGUUGCUAAAAGAUCAACUCCAGUUGCAAAGUGUGCAUACUGCCAUCUAGAGGUAGAAUCUGCCGAUAUAAACAGUUUUGUCGAGAACUAUUCCUAUGGUCACAAAAAGAUCUACUCCAGUUGCAAAGUGUGUAUACUGCCAUCUAGUGGUAGAACCUGUAUAUUCUUGUAAUGAGUGAGUGAUAUGUUUUUUAGUGUAUGAUGGAUGAGGGUUUGGGUACGAAGUGACAGGUAGAAUUCCAGCUAUGCUAUCCUAGAUCUUUAAUUUGCCAACUGGCUUAGCUAUGUUUAGAUUCCUUGUAAUCUGAAGCAAAUGAUGGCUUUUUGAGUACUACCAAAUGUUCAGUCACCUUGUUCCCUCUUUUUUCCUUCUGGUAUUUUACUCUGGAAGUUGUAUGAAUAGUUGUAAAUUCAGAAUCAUUUUGAGAUUUGCAUACGGUUCAGUUCAUCUCAAAGAACAACAACAGAAGAUAAACAAUUAUUUUGGUGGCUGUGCAGUGCAUGUUUAUAAACUAUAAAUGUAUAUCUUGUAGCAAUAUUUGUUUAAAUAAAAUGAUAUGGGCUCUUUUCUCUUUGUUUAUACAUCAAAAGCACACAUACUUAAUUUAUACAUAUAACUGGGCUUUCCCUUCCUUUUGAGCUCUUGUACUUAGAUUUGUGUAAUUAAUUGCUUAGAUACUUGGUUGGUGACAGUGUUUUUUAUAAGAAAAUUCUUGAUAGAAUCUAUAUUUAAUUAAUGUGAUCUUUUCCCCUUUUUUUUGUAUAUACUUAUUUAUUAAAAAAGCUCAGUGUAGCAUUUGAAAUGUCUUGAAGUACAGAAAAGGAAGUAUUGUGUGUUUCCCUUUAUUCCUUCCUUCCCUCUCCUCUCCCUUUCUGUUUUAGGCAACUUCAGAAAUAGCAUUCAUAUUUGCCAAAAUGUACUAAAAGAUAUAGGAAACCAUGAACCUAUAUGAUUCGCUAAUUUUCCAGGAAGAAAAAGGUACACACCCCUCCAUGCUUUUAUAUGUAGGUCAUGUUUUCUCUUUAAACUAUAAGUGAUAAUGAAUGAAAGACAUAUGAACAAAUGAUAAAAUCUUACUAAAAAACUUUGGCCUUUUCUCAUUGUAUCUACUGAUGUGCUUACAUUACAUUUUACCUGAUUAAAAUCACAUUUUGACAACUCUGACUCCUAAAAAGCUCAAUGAAAAUAGUCAUCAUUAUCAUACUUCAUACUCAUGAUGUGUAGACCUUUCCAAUCAUGUGGUAUAUCUUGGUGUCAAUUCUCUACAAAUGAAUUUUCUAUCCUCUGAUUCUUAGUGUAACGCGUGUCAACUCAAAUAAAUAUAUUUCUCACCAAUUCUUCCUUUUUUCUAAUUUUACAUCAAGUUAAUGCGAUGACCUCUUUCCCUUGACCCUUCCAUUUCCUUGAGAUAACCAUAUUUGUUCAUGUUAUUACUUAAAUACAGAGUUUAGACCCAAAUGCAAUGUUAUUUUGUUUCAUGGUGUGUGCUUAGAUGGACAUAUCAGCGUAAAACAAACAAACAAGGAGCCAAAAAACUUCUGUUUACGAGAGCGCUUUUUCGAUUAGCCAGUGAGAUUUCAGAGCAGUGAUUUGUUUUGUGAUGUGUGCUACAGUAUAUAGCAGCUAUUAUCAUUGUCAUGGAUGUGCAUAUAUACAUGAUCAUGCAUUAAUUGAUAAUUGAAUAAAUAUAUUUUGUAAAUGCAUUGUAAACCAAUCAUUCUAUUAUUGAUUAAUCAAUCAACUGAGCUUUCUGAUGUUUUGCAAUUAAAUGAAAAGCAUCCACAACUCAGAAAGCCGUAGAUCAUCAUCAAAUGCUAAUUUUAAUGAUCUCUAUAAAAUGUCUAAGUAAUAAAACUUUUUGUCUAAAUCAAUUUGAUACAUACUUAAAAGAAAAGUAGUUCAUUAAAUGUUCUCAUUGCAAAGAAGCUAAUAACUAUACUUGGUAGCAUUUUUAAAACUGUAAACGCUCUUUACCCUUUCCAUGUCUCAACAAAAUUUCUGAGGCCUUUUGAUAAUAUACAUGUUGUUGAGAGGCGAUAAAUCGAAAAAGGCAUUAUACUGCUUAUCAAAUAGAUCUGAAGUUGGAUUUUUAUGCAAACUAAAAUUUGCCAACCAGAUGGUGACAACUUGUUCAUUUUUAUAUACAAACCUGUAUUGUGUUUUUUAAAUGAAUUUGUUAUUGGUGGUGAUUGUUAAUAUUUGCAUAUUCUCAUGCUUUAAUAUUGUAAAAAUAAAAUCGUAAAUAUAUGUUAAUACAG